CACGGUAAACAUGUCGAAAAAAUAUUUAUUUUUUUAUGUUAUGUUAAUAGUGAAUUUUCAAGUUAACUCACAACACUGUCAGAAAUUACAUGAUGUAUAUCACAAAUCGCCAAAAAAAGCCCUUAGACAUGUGCGCAUAGACAAGCAGGAGUACGAAGUGAUUGUAUCUGGAGGUGGCGGGGCUGCGCGCGCUGCGGCCGCCUUAUUACUCGCUGUAUUGCGAAACCGACUUUUAUACGUAUCACGUUUGGAUCCAGUACAUCGUAAUGUUUGCGAGCUUAUGACUAAAUCGCUUGCACUAGCCCCCGCAGCAAUAUUGAAUCAUAAGGAUUGCGGUAUUGGUAAUGAUAUUGAUCGUAUAACAUCUUUAUCAACACCUUCCCUACCCGUUAACUUACACUUUAUGGCACGACUUUCUACCACGAGUGGCUGUAUCAUAGAAUCUUGGACCUUUCUCAAAAACAACAAUGCAUCAACAUGUGGCUUUUUAACCACGGAAAAUGUCAAUGUAGAAGAAUCACAGGGGAAGUUUUCAAAACAUUGCAAUCAGUCACCCUGUAUCGUAGUACUGACGAGAAACGAAAGCAGUUAUGAUAACCAAAUCCUACAAGAAUUUGAAAAACGAGCUAGUGUUGCUAAACUGAAUGUUGCUCUUAUAACUUUUGACACUGAUACAAGCUUCAGACGAGAAGUAUUCAACCUAUACAAUUCUAAUAAAACAUAUCUCUUCAUAGAUGAGAAUAUAUGGAUUAAUGAUCCUGAUGUUGUACAGUUAGAAUUUCCACCAUGUCCCAGAGCAGAUACUAAGUGUCUAUCUGGUUUAAUUGUUAAUGCUCCAAAAGCUAUACUAGUUGGAGAUGGAGAAGAUGUUAAAGACUAUGCACCGCCAAUUUAUAAGUUGAUGAAUGAAUUCUCUCCAAAACCCGAACACAUCAAAGACGUACUUUUAAAAGAGUCGAUGUUAGAUACACACAGUAUAGAGGAAGCGGCUUGUUUCUGGGCAUUAAGAAAUAAAAUCGAAUUCGACAAAUGGUAUAAAAUAAAAGAAAAGAAAUUGCCUCCCGAAUACCUUAUUAACCUAAUAAUUUGCAAAAAUGAUUCAAAUAUAGAAAUAUAUAAAAAGGUGUCUGAAGUAGUAAAUAUAAAUUUUCUCUGGAGGGAUAUAAAAGAAUUGGACUAUAGAAUAAAUGCGAUGCCUUUAAAUUGUACUAAUAUACAUGAGCUCCGAAUUGCUCUGUCAUAUAAACAAAACGAUUUGGCAGGCCAUAUCGUGUUUGGUUGGCACCCAGGAUUGGCAGGAGGUUCUAAUGCAGUACAGUAUACACAAAUUCCUUUAAUGGUGGCAGGUCCAGCUAACGAUUCUCUUUUAGGGGGGUCAACAUACGCAUCAUCAGGCCGAUUGACAGACUUAACACGAGCGUAUAGACACUUCUUGUAUCAGUGUGAAUGGUCUCGCGUUGCUAUCAUUUCCGACUUCACUGAAUACUCUAAAUCUUUUGCUGAAGCAAUUCUUAGUGAGAGAAAUCUUAAUCAUUUCCAAAUCACUGUGGGACAUGAAACCAUAUCUCAGGGACUAAGGGAGAUGAAAUCUCGUGACGCUCGAAUAAUAAUAGUAAAUACUGACUGUAUAUUAGCUGAUGCAAUACUUUCGGAAGUAGUAAACGUAUUCUCACCCUUGACAAAUUACGUUUGGAUUGUACGCGAUUGGUGCGUCAUAGAAAACAGAACAAAAAUCGAAGCUUUAGUACAUUUUACGAUCGAAUUCUCAUGGAGAGGUGGAAAAGUUUUCGGUGGUUCCAACGAAUUAAGACUCAAUUUAUCUGAAAUACCUGUCCUGAUGCAAAGAAAUAUCACAAUUGUGCCUGAAAUUUCGUAUCUGGCUGACGCCUUGUUACAACUUGGUCAUGGAUUUGCAGCGUAUCGUAGACGUGACAUUAGUAGGCGUUAUGAUUUACACGGCUUCGGCACGGCACAAGACUAUUACGAAGCUAUUGGCACAGUAAAUGUAACUGGAGUUGCACAAACCCUAAAAUUAAAUAAUUUUUCAGUCCAAGAACCAUUAGUAUUUGUUGGAAGAUGGACAGGAAAUGAACGGACCUCUGUGGCUAUUUGGAAAUUGACCAAUAGUACAGUAGUUAAAAUUUGGGCCGCUAUAAAUGACACCGACUCGUGCUAUUCAAUGCUUGGCUCCGCGAAAAUAUCAGAUAGGGACAACUGCAUUGUACGUAGUGAUGGUGAUUUUACACCACGUUGUCACGAUGUUUUCAUAAUAGUAAUUAUUACAUGUGUUUUAUUUAUAUGUAUAGCAAUUUAUGUAGCACAAAGAAUGAGACAAAAACGACUUUUAGCUGAAAACGAGGCGUUAAUGGCUAGACUACUUGAAAGUCGUCAAGAAAAAGCGUCUGCGCUGAUUGGUUUCCUGGUAGACCGAGGUUCUGUCAGACUCUUACACGAAAUAGGCUCUGGUUGCUAUGGACGCGUGCGCUUUGCUGAACUAACACGUCCUGGUCGUGGGACCUUAGUUGUUGCCGCAAAAGAACUUCAUGAAGGCGUCCUAUCGAUGGCAGAAGAAAACGAGAUACUCAGGGAAGCUUGCGUUCUGGCUCGUUUAGAACACAACAAUGUCAUUAGGCUUAUGGGAGUUUGCCUAGUCGACGGUCCGCCCUUGGUUUUAAUGGAGCAUGCCAUUUAUUUAGAUCUGCAGCGCUAUUUAAUAGAACGGCGUCAUGUAGCAAUGAAACUGGUGUACGAUAAAGAGGCGGACAAUGAAAUGUCAGAUGAAUGCUUAAAUCAGUGGGCCCGUGAUGCAGCCUGUGCUUUGGAAUAUCUAACAGAGCGCCGUUUGGUGCAUAGAGACAUUCGUGCCGCUAACUGCCUUAUAGAUAAAAAACGCUCUCUGAAGCUGGCAGACUUUGGUAUGGCGCGUGAACUGGACGAAGAAGAUUCGACCUACAUGACAUGUCGUAAAGGGUUGUUUCCAGUGCUAUGGAUGGCUCCAGAAAGCUUAAAGGAAGGUGUAUUUUCACUGGCAUCAGAUAUUUGGGCUACAGGAGUGCUAUUGCUAGAGAUCGCUACAAUAGGAGCUAGGCCGUAUGGGGACUGGCCAACGUGGCGUGUAUUGAGCCAUGUCGUUGAUGGAGGAAGACCACCCCUGCCACCAGAUGCCUCGAUGCAAAUGCGUAAAUUACUACAAAGAUGCUGGCACAUGAACCCAGAGAAGCGAAUAACUGCGACGGAACUCCGAGAGUACCUGACCAACAAUCCGAAAGUUAUUUCUAUAGCACUACUGUCGCCCGAAUUACCUCUCAUUGCACCUAUACAAGAAGCAGACAUCAAAUUUUUGACAUAAUUUAUUUAUUAAGCGGCUUGCUUGAUUUAUCUGGAAAAGAAAAUUGACUACAGACUAUACUCUGAUUUUUGUAGCAACACUUAUGAAAUGUCACAUUCCGCAGAAUUGUGACAUUUCAUAAGUGUUGCUACUAAAAGUUCUCCACAGAAAAGGAGUACAAAUUUGACCCACUAGAGGGCAAUAAAAAAUAUAAUGCUACGUAUUUUUUGUUUUACCUACAAAAAGGUAUUUGUAAAUAUUUA